AUGGUGAAGGGCUGGACUCGUGUUGUUGACCUGACACUGCUGUGUGCAGCUUCUCCUGCUCAUCCUCCGCCCAUUCACUUACUCCAGAGGCUUGGCUUGUUUGUUGCCGGGGGUUACGCUUGUUGGUGAGCACAAUGUCGGAGCACUUGCAGCUCUCCCUUGCCUUGUGCAGGAUUGGGCUUUACACGUGUUUCCGGGCACUGUGCUGUAAAGGACCCCCGCCGCCAAGACCCGAGUAUGAUGUGGUGUGCAUUGGCCUGACAGGUGCUGGAAAGACCAGCCUGCUCUCACGCCUCUGUAGUGAGGGCAGUGACGGCAUCGUUCCUACAACAGGUUUCAGCAUCAAAGCAGUGCCAUUCCCAAAUGCCAUCUUGAAUGUAAAAGAACUUGGAGGAGCUGACAACAUCAAGAAAUACUGGAGUCGUUACUACCAGGGGUCACAGGGAGUAGUCUUUGUAUUGGACAGCGCGUCAUCAGAUGAAGACCUGGAGGCGGCGCGGAACGAGCUGCACUCGGCCCUGCAGCACCCACAGCUCUGCACACUGCCUUUCCUCAUUCUCUCCAACCACCAGGACAAGCCUGCCGCAAGGACGCCAAACCAGGUCAAGAAAUACUUUGAGCUGGAGCCGCUGGCCCGAGGGAAGCGCUGGAUCCUGGACGGCAGCUCCACCGACAACAUGGAGGCGGUGAAAGAGAGCUUCGGUCAGUUCAUUAGCCUGCUGGAGGACAAAGACACUGAGCCUGCAAGGAUAUGAUGCUAACGCUGCUAAUGCAGAGACAUUAGUGGCUAACGGCUAACAAACGCCACAUCCUGCUGGUGCCCACGGUCACACACUCACGCACAGACACAAACAUGUACACAGGAAAAUACAGUGGAUGUGGGCCACUCUAUCGGAGAUGUAUAUUGUAUGUUACCCUCCCUUCACUGCGGUCUCACGAUUUCAAAUGGGAAGAGUGUGCGACACAACCUGAGAGGAGAGCUGCCAUUAAAUCCAAAUCAUCGAACUUUCCAGGAAUGGAAAUAUUGUUUACUACUGUCUGUGCCAUUGUGAUUAAUUGGCAUCUGGGACCUUUGUCAUUCCUUGUAGUCAGUAUCAUUGAACACUAACACACACACGCACACACACAAACACACACACACUGUCACACACGUAGCGGAGGCCAGGUUGUCUGUAGAUAUUUUAAUUAAAAUCUCCACUAAUUACUUUCCAGAAUGUGUGUGGACACAGUUGGUUUUCUUUCCUGUGAGAAGUGCUGUGUGAGCUCAGGUGUGCUUCUCCCUCGGACUCAGUAAAACGAAUGUCGUGGUGUGAUCGGGGUGCGUAGUUCAGAGCCUUGUGUUAUGUACAGUAGUUACAUAUCAAUGUGUCACACCAUAUCUGCGUAUCUAAUCUGAAUAGUGUAGUCUGAGUAUCUGAUGGAGUAUUAUAUACAUGCAACGAGUAACUGCUGUGUACCCUCCUGUGCCGCCAAACACAACUACUACUUAUCAUGUGACUAAGUGCUCGGUGAGUCUAUUUAGAGGAAGUGAAACAAGUCUGAAUGCUUUUUAUAAAUGUGCAGCGUAGGAUAUGUUUUAUAGCUCUGUAUGUUAACCUGGUAGAGCUGCAUUCAGAUGUUUUAUAUAUCACACACUUAUGAAUUCUUUACAAUCAAAGACCAAAAUGAAAUAGAAGCAGCAGCAGCAAUGAUUCACCGGGCUGAGAAACGUGAUGGAUUUUGAUUCAGUGUUUAGCAAAUUUCAUGUUCGUUUUUCUACAUUUUCACUUUAUUUUUAUUUUUUUUCCUUCUGAAUUCUACAUGAUCCCUCUCAACACUGACUCCAGUCCCCCGUCAGGGUGGAAUACAAACUCUAUCAAUCAGCCACAGCAACAGCUGCAUCUGACAAGUCCCUGUCCGACACCCUAAUGCCUUCCAACUGUCUGUGAAGACCCCUCCCUGUCUGCUGUUUAUCGUGGACCCCCACCCCACCUCAUCCCCAGCCUGCUCCAACCAACACUCUCCCUCCCGCGCUCUGUUACUGCUCGGUGGGGUAUUUAUCCCAGAUGCCGUCUUUCAGGCCGGUCGCCCUCGUGUGGUCUCCAAACAUCUAAAAUGGGUUUUAUUCAUGGAGCCACAGGUGUGUGGCUGUUCCCAGGAUGUUCCCUCCUCCUCCUCCCUGCAUUCAUUUCAGUUUUUCUUGUUUUCUUCAGUGUUUCGUCAGGUUUUGAGAUUUAAUAUUUUUUUGUACCUGACCAGAGAUCUGCCAGGAUUACAUUUUUUUUUUUACAUAACAAAUGAAAUUGGUGCAUUCUUUUGAUCGAAUGCUAAUGUUAGACGUUGCAUAUCAUCCUCUGACAAACACACAGGUUUUAAACAUUCACUGCAGUCUUUUAUGGGGGGGGGGAGCUGUAUUUGUGUUUGAUUUUGUUUUUUCAAUCAUCAGUUUUGUCUAAAAUGACA